GGCGGCCUGACAGCCUUUCACUGCCUGUGAGACUGUAUUGAUUUGUCUGCUACCCGCUAUGCCAUUGCCUGUGGCGCUACAGACCCGUUUGGCCAAGAGAGGCAUCCUCAAACAUCUGGAGCCUGAACCAGAGGAGGAGAUCAUUGCUGAGGACUAUGAUGAUGAUCCUGUGGACUACGAAGCCACCCGGUUGGAAGGCCUACCACCAAGCUGGUAUAAGGUGUUUGACCCUUCCUGUGGACUCCCUUACUACUGGAAUGUAGACACAGACCUUGUGUCCUGGCUUUCCCCACAUGACCCCAACUCCGUCGUUACCAAAUCUGCCAAAAAGCUGAGGAGCAGUAAUGCAGAUGCUGAGGAGAAGUUGGACCGGAGCCAUGACAAGUCAGACCGGGGCUAUGACAAGUCAGACCGGGGCCAUGACAAGUCGGACCGAGGCCAUGACAAGUCGGACCGGGGCCAUGAUAAGUUGGACAGAGACCGAGAGCGUGGCUAUGACAAGGUGGACAGAGAGAGAGAGAGGGACAGAGAUCGGGACCGGGAUCGCGGAUAUGAUAAAGCAGACCGAGAAGAUGCCAAAGAACGGCGUCACCAUCGUCGGGAGGAGCUGGCUCCCUACCCCAAGAGCAAGAAGAUGGGAAGCCGAAAGGAUGAAGAAUUAGAUCCCAUGGACCCCAGUUCAUACUCAGAUGCGCCCCGGGGCACAUGGUCAACAGGGCUCCCCAAGCGGAAUGAGGCCAAGACAGGUGCUGACACAACAGCAGCUGGGCCUCUCUUCCAGCAACGCCCAUACCCGUCCCCAGGGGCUGUGCUCCGGGCCAAUGCUGAGGCCUCCCGAACCAAGCAGCAGGACUGAACCUUCACCUUUGCCCCGGCUCGGGUUUUCAAUAAAAGCUUUUCUGUGGCUCAUGCC